CAUCUCUCUCUUUCUCUCCGCCUUGGCCAUGGAACCAUGUGAUAGUUGAAGUUUGAGGAUUCUCUCAACUGGAUCAUCUCUUCUAUCAGAUUCUCCAGAUAUCUGAUCGACUUGGUAAUUACAGAUGACAUUGUUGUGAGAAUAUUAAAAUGUCUGCUUACGGCCAUCAAUUGGAUCGGGAAUUCUCCUCCCAAUCCUUAUCUAGUAGAGGUCCAUCUGAAACUGGAAGCAUAGGUAACAGUAACAGCAGCAGCAGCAGCAACAGUUAUGUGAUGGAACCAGGGAUAUACAUGUCAUUCUUAGCCGCGACUAUAUUCGUUGGCGCACUUGCAACUCUCGGACUUCUAUUAGUCACUCUUCUGGUUGUCCUAACCGUGAUGUUGCAAUCAUGUGAUGCUAGAAGCAAGGGAGUGAUCGAGAUUAUAUCAAAUUCAUCAGACGUUUCCAAUUACUGCUCCGUGUUUUCUCUGCACGCAGAACUCAAUGAUUUGGAUUUUCACCAGUAUCCUGUCGUCUGUAGGGUUAUUGCUGUAGACUAUGUUAAAGGAGGACAGUAUGCUAAAGAUUUAAAUGUAACAAUUGAGUUGAUUGAGAAUUACUUGGGUAAUAUGAAAUCAGUUGAUGAUGAUGGUUUUGUGUUGAUGGAUAUAGAUUCAUUUCUUCCUUCAAAUAGUUUUCAUAUUUACUCUAUGCAAGAAUGGUUUAGUGAUUCUCUUGAGAAGGUGAAAACCCAUAAUCGAAUUUCGAUUCUAAGACUGUAUGAGAAACUUAAAGCUGGCAGGUGGCAACUCGUAUUGUUAACUAGGAGACACGAGAAGGAGCGAAACACCACAAUUGAAGACCUUGUUUCUGUUGGUUUCGGCGGUUGGCAUUCUUUAUCAAUGAGGUCAGAAGAUGAAUCGAAAAUGGACAACCAUGAGUACUUCUCAAGAAAAAAGAGGUUGUUAUUGGAUGAGGGAUUCCGCGUUUAUGCUACUAUAAGCAGCUAUAUGGAUACCUUUGCUGGUUUGAAUUUGGGAGGACAGAAAUUCAAGCUUCCAAACCCGAUAUUCAUCGAGCAGCCUGAAUUGAUUGGGAAGAAGGUAAUAGACCAAACCAAAGCCACUAUUUAAUUCAAUCAUAUUUGGAUUAAGAGUUCAAGAUGCAAAUAAAUUUUAAUGUAAAUUUUUAUUUAUAGU